GGCCGAGGCGCCCCCACAGCCGAAGCCCCGGCCCGUCCGCCCGCAGGCGGCAUGAGGGAGGAAGCCGAGGGAGCCGGGGCCCAGCCCGGCGACUUCGUGCAACUGAAAGUGCCCGUCGUGCAGCAGCUGUACCACUGGGACUGCGGGCUGGCCUGCUCCAGGAUGGUGCUUAGGUACUUGAACCUCUUGGAGGACGAGGCUGCGUUCGAACAGGCGCUGCAGGAGCUCCAGCUCACGCGGAGCAUCUGGACCAUCGACCUGGCCUACCUGAUGCGGCACUUCGGGGCCCGCCACCGCUUCUGCACGAGGACUCUGGGCGUGGACAAGGGCUACCGGCACCAGUCCUUCUACCGGAGACACUUCGAUGCGGAGGAGAGCCGGGUCAACCAGCUGUUCGCGCGCGCAGCCGCCUGCAAGGUGCUGGUGGAGAAGUGGUGA